AAUCAGUUGUGUAUCGUAGCGGUUGGUAGCUGUUUCCAAGCUUCCGAAAAGUCACUAGAGAAAGUUACCGAGAACGGUCAGUGACGGCAGGUGUCUCGUACAGGUGUUCAGUCAGUUAGCGGCGCGUACUCGCGUGUCCGGUGCGUGCGUUGCUCUUUCGUUAAACUGUUUUCCGCUCGUUGGUCGACAGUAAAAAGAAACGCGCGUGAGUUUUUAUUCAAAAUUUGUAACAAUGUUUCGGUCGCGAUGUGAGGUGGUCGAGUCGAAAUAUCGGGAAAGGUGAUCACAGCUAACAGUAGAGAUUUUCACACGAGAGAUCAACGGCGGACAUCGCGGGAUAUGUUGUAGCUGGAUAUUAUGCUAAUCGCGUUACGGUCAGAAUGCGGGAGGAAGAACUCGAGAUAUCGCUCAAGGUGGUGAUAGUCGGUAACGGUGCCGUAGGGAAAUCAUCGAUGAUCCAGAGGUUUUGCAAGGGGACGUACACCAGGGACUACAAGAAGACGAUCGGCGUCGAUUUCCUCGAACGGGAGAUCGAGGUGGACGGCGAGGACGUCAGACUGAUGCUGUGGGAUACCGCGGGCCAGGAGGAAUUCGACGCAAUCACCGCGGCUUAUUAUCGCGGCGCCCAUGCCUGCGUUCUCGCUUAUUCAGCCACUGACAGAGAUUCCUUCGACGCCAUUCCUUCGUGGAAGCUGAAGGUGGAGAACGAGUGCGGCGAGAUUCCCACGGUCCUCGUACAGAACAAGAUGGACCUGGUCGAUCAGUGUGUCAUUGAUCCGGACGAGGCGGAGAGGCUAGGCCGCGCGCUCGGCUGCAAGCUGCUGCGAACGUCUGUGAAAGAGGACGUCGGCGUUAUGAGCGUCUUCCGGCACCUGGCGUCGCGAUGUCUCCACGAGAUGCGACGCUGCGACGACGAUUAUCAGGACGACCUGAGAUUGUACUCGUCCGGGCCUAGGUCACCUUCCGUAAUAAGUGCUUUUAGUCCGAACGGAUCCACGUGUGGUCGAAGUACGGGGAACGGUACAAUCGUUUUGCGGCCAGGAGCCAAGGCGAAAAACCACAAGAAGAGGAAUUUUGUGAAAAACGCCUGUAGGCUACUUUAGUCUUUGCGUGGAUAAAUACGUGAAAAGCUGUUUACUGAAGCUGAAUUAAUCUUUAACCAUGUACAGACUGAUAUAUAUAUAUAUAUAUAUAUCAUAUAUAUAUAUAUUCAUAUUUAUGAGAGAUGGAUAUAAACCUACGUAUAUCGUGUUGGUAAUCGGUUCAACGAUUUACGAUUGAUCGUGUAAGUAGGUAUAACUCAAUUAGGUAUGCUGCAUUUCUUUAAUUAAGCUCGGACAUUCGAUUCUCUUCGAGAGAUUUCAACGUAACGCGACUCGCGCGAGUACUCGCCUAAAAGCAACAACGGAGCUGCGAAUUUAGAACAUUUACAUAGAAUUAGAAGAAUGAGAUUUUACAUGCAAAGAAUCUUACGCAUUUUUAUACAUGGAUCGUUUUUAUUGAAUUCCUUUUAAUUCACCGAUGCUAUUAUAAUAAAUGCACUGUGUAAAUAUUUCUAAGGUUAAUUCCCACUUCCACUUGAAGCACAUAAUCGUUUAAAUUCAAGUAUUUUUCUUCAGAGACAUUUCGUAUUCGAAUAAACGUAUUACUUGUACGUGUGAAAGGCGAACGUUUAUCAGGAGGAGUAUAGUGUUCUUACUCUUUUUAUGCACAUACAGUCAAUAUAAUUGUAAUAAGCGAUCAAUCUAGGUAAUACGUAAUAUAUUACGUGGUAAUGUUUUUGCUAAAAAUAUCUUUCACAUUAAAAGAUCUUUUAAAUCGUUUUCAUUUUUUAUAGACGUUAAUUUAUAUGUAAACAGAUAUCAAUGUACUGGCUAACCAAAUAUUCUACAUAAUAAGAAAAAGAGACACGCGUUGUUGGAAACCAAUCUUUCGUUCAACGGUGACAACGAGAAAUAAAUAAAAACUAAAUGUUACGGCUUUUUUUUUAACAAUCUGUUUCAAUCGACACCUCGAAGAGCACAAAGUAAACAAGUUCUGCAAACUUUAAUAAAUGCUAUCCUGUUUUAGUUAUAAACAAUGCUUUAUUUCUUUUAUUUGUAUCACAUACGAAAAUGUAUUGCACGCUAAUUCUGAACUUGAAACU